AUGCCAAAUCUAUCACCUCGUUUUCCUGUUGUCCAACAAAUACCACGGAUGAAUAGUUCUCAACCAAUUGUUCUUAACCAAAUGACACGAUUACGUGAACCACAACAAUUUAACCAAACACCUAUAAAUACUUCAUCCUAUUCGCAAUCUCCGUCAUCAUCAUCAACAACAACAAUUGAUAUAUCUCAAGAUUAUUCAUCACAACAAAUUAAUGGUAAUAAUCAAACGGAUUAUUCAACACUCCAACCACGAUAUCCUAUCCAAGCAACAAUGAAUGUGCCAAGACAAAGAAUACCGAUUCCAAAUGCCAAUUUUCAACAACAACCGGCAUUAUCCAAUAAACCAAAUGAUAAUUCACAUCAAAUUUUUGUUAGAAAUUCUUCACCAAUGUCAAUGUCAGCAUCGUCAUCAUCAUCAUCAUCACCAAUGCCAAUGUCAACGUCAUCAUUAUUAUCAACAGCAACAGUGGCAACAGUGAAUACAAAUAAUUCAUCAACCGGUGAUCAAUUAUUACAACGAAUACUUUUAUCGAAUACAGAUGGAGGAUCGAAUAAAAUACUAAUACCAAACCGACAAACAGCACCAACGAUUAUGUCACAACCACCUCGAUCAGUUAGUACUACGAACAGUAAUAUAAAUAAGAGUGUAAAUACGCAUCGACCAUCAUUAUCAGCUCAACAAUUACCACCUUCACCUUCACCAUCACUUGUUUUAAUACCAACACCAACACCAACUCAAACAUCUACUGUUCAAAUUCAACCAUCAAAUAAUGUGACAAUUCAACAAAGUCCUUUAAACAAUAAUAAUGGUCCACUUUCAAUUAGUUCACAAAUAUUGUCAGCUAGUAGUUCAACACCAAUGAAUACUAAUUAUUCAUCACCAACAAAUCGUGCUUUACCAUCAACUGGUAGUGGUACUAUUUCAAGUCCUGAUGAUGAAACGGCAAAUUUAAUAAAAUAUCUUAAAGAAAAUGCCAAUCGAUUACAACUUUUAUGUCAAAAAUUUAACAGUGAAGGUAACACUGAAAAAGUUCGUCAAGUUCAAUCAGCUUUUCAACAAAUAAUAAGUUUCAUUAAUAAUCCAACAUAUGAAUCUUUACCAAAUGCUAAACGUUUUCGUGAUGUACUUGAUCAAAUUCCUAAUCGAUUACAACAAGCAAAUAAUUCAUCAACAUCUUCAACAUCAACAAAUUCUACGACUACUACAACAACUCCUCAAAUAAAUGUAUUUAAUCAAUGUAUAAAAGCAACUAAAGAAUUUCUUUUACGUGAUCAAAAAGAUCGAAUAAAUAUAUCAAAACGAUAUCUUGAACCAUUAAGUGAUGUUAUUAAUGGUGUUCCACAUAAAAUGAUACGUCUUGAUGUCGAUAAUCCUUCAACAAUAAAAAUUCGUUCAUCUAAUCAAUCGUCAUUAUUAUCUAACCUUAAUGAUGAAAUACAUCAAUUACCAGAUGAUAUUUAUUCAAUUGAAUUUAUAUCAGUAUCACGUACAAGAAAACAUAUUGAUAAUGAUGAUGAAUAUUUAAGCAAAAAUGGCAUUAUGCUUCGAUGUAAAUUACUUGAAAAACCAAAUCCUCUUAUACCACCACUUCGUUUACAUAUAACAACGUCUUAUCCAGAACAACCACCUGAAGUUUUAUCAUUAACAAAAACAACGCCACCAAGAUUAGAAUUCACUGAUGGACAUCCGUUUUUUGAUCAAAUCUCAUCGACAUUUAUUUCUCAUCUUUUUAAAUUAAAUUCACAACACACGGUUACUGAUAUUCUUAACAUUUGGCGUCAAUCUGUUCAAGCAGCUUUGUGA